AUGAAAGUUACCAUAGUGUUGUUUUGCCUGAUUGGAGCAGCUUUUGCCAACCCGACCUUAAGUUUGUCUGAUUCACAAUCAUCUGAAAAUGACACCUCGGAGAUUCAGAGCUCUGAGGAAAAUGUCUCAAAUCAAAGUUCAGAGUCUGAAUCACUGGAAUCCACAUCUGAAGACAAGACAUCAGAGGAAAGUGACAGCCAAUCAGAUGAAGACAUGACUGAUUUAAUGGCUGAAACCAGAGACAACAGUAUGGGCAGCGAGGAAAAUGUUCGAAAGAUGCAUCAGAACUGGGUUCAACUGUUUUCGCAUGCCAUCCAAGUCCUGAGUGCUGAGGACAACAGCAGCACAGAGGUCAAAGGUCACUCAGAGCACCCGGGCAGCAAGACACAGCCCACUCACACUUCCACCGGCACAGCUUUUAAAUGGAGGGUCAACACCGCCCACAAUGGCACCAUGUCCGUGUUGGUGGAGGCCCAUGCGGACAGCAGCGACAGCAGCGACACCAGUGAUACCAGCGACAGCACGGACACCAGUGACUUGACUGGUGUCACAGAUACCGCCAGUGAGAGCAGUGAGAGCACCAGUUUGGAGAGCAAUGAGACCAGUGAGACCAGCGACAGCAGUGACAGCAGCCAGAGCUCAGAGAGUAAUGCCAGUGACAGUGCAGACGUGGAACAGCUCACAGCCAAAGACUGCCUGCAUGGAGCUGACAGCACCGGAUGUGAAAGUGAGGAGCAUUUCUUCCAGGGGAUCGGGGACGACGCCCAUCCCUCAGUGGACCAGCUGAUGGUGCCAGAUGAGGCUGAGAGGGAGUUAAGCCUGCGGAGAUGAUGCCAGUGUGCUGGUGUUCACCCAUCUGUGUAUUUAUAACAUACAUGCCACAACCCAGUCAGUGCUACUGUAUUUUCCUCUUUGAACUCUGGGAUGGCCUUCAUAUGGUGAUGAAGCUCCAAGAACCUAACUCGUUGCUUCCACCUGACUUCACCAUACGUACAUAUAUAUAUGCUCUUUGUGCUUUGUAACUGUGUGAUGUUAUCUGAAAUGUCUGUGUGCUAUGUCUGAUCCUGUGGUUACGUAUCUGUAUGCA